UCAGACUAAACUAUAAGUUCUUUGAUAUCUGAGCCUGGGUGUGCUGUGUUGGAUCUACACAAUGCUAGAACUGUACCUGACACAGAUUGGAUGCUCAGCUGAUUUUUUUUUUAAAUUAAUCAAGCUCAUUCUUGAGGCCUGGAAAGGAUUCAGUAAACAGGCAGGAGUGAGAAUGUUUUCUCAAGCAAGAGGAAUGGCAUGAGCAAAGGACAACUUCACCAUAAAGGGCUAUGUAUCAGCAAUGUUCCCUUAUAAUAAACAGUCCUGAUGUGUGUGAGAGCAGGAGCAUAAUUCUAUGGCUACAAUCAACAAAGAAGUAUCAGGCCAGGUCACCAAGACCAGUGGAAACCCCUACCUCGCUGCAGUUUUAUAAAGAUUAGCAUAUCAAAGGAGCCAAAUGCUGUGCCCCAAUGUAAAAUAUGAUACUAUUACUUUGCAGAACAAGGGUAAGCCCUGUUCUUCAACACUAAUAAAAUAGACACUGUGUACAGAGUGGUCCAAUAAUUGAAACAUAAAAGAGAUAUCUGGUAACAGAACCUUAAAACAUCGAGACAUAAGAAUUUCGGCUCUGAAAAUAAGUAACUAUGAAGAAAGAUUAAAAAGAGAGAUCUGGGGUUUCUCUGAAGAUCUGGCUCUGCGGCCAAGUCCUCCACGUUGCAAGCUGCCAUUGCCAUGGGAACCAAUGGGAAGGGCCGUGGGGAAUUGGGGAAGGGGAAUCAAGGGGCGGAGUGAAGAAGGAGGGUGACCAGUGGGUUACCAGCAUACUGUCGCCCAGAGCCUCUCCAGAGACAUCACAGAGCUGUUGCUUCCUGAACUCGCUCCCGGGACACCGCAGAGACCGCUGUGCCACCGCCUCUAUGACAACGCCUCUGUGUCCGUUUCCGAUUCAAGCAGUCCGGCAGCCCGCGGCCCAUGGCCUCUCCCGGAUAACCAAGAGUCUGUACCUCAGCGACGCUGUGGCAGCCAAGGACAAAGCCAUGCUGUCUACCAACCACAUCACCACUGUCAUCAACGUGUCGAUGGAGGCGACCGACACGUUCUUAGAAGACAUCCAGUACGUAAAAGUGCCGCUGGCGGAUGCUCCCAACUCGCGCCUCUACGACUUUUUUGAUUUUAUUGCAGAUCACAUCCUCAGUGUGGAGAUGAAGCAAGGCCGAACGCUGCUACACUGUGCUGCCGGGGUGAGCCGCUCUGCCACCUUCUGCCUCGCCUACCUGAUGAAGUACCACUCCAUGUCGCUGCUGGACGCCCACACGUGGACCAAGUCCUGCCGCCCCACCAUCCGGCCCAACAACAGCUUUUGGGAGCAGCUUAUCUAUUAUGAAUUCAAGCUGUUUAGCAAGAACACUGUUCACAUGAUCAGUUCCUCAAUGGGGAUGAUUCCUGAUGUCUAUGAGAAAGAAAUCUGUUUGAUGAUGCUGAUGGGAGUCAUUCCGGACAGCUCCUAACUUCUGCUUCAGAUCCUGCACCAACCUUGACUGAGGUGAACAUUGAACUUUUAUUGAUAAAGAAACUAGAAACCCCUUUUUAGAUGGGCAAGCAAAAAGGGGGGAAGGAGGAGGCUGGAGUUCUUAUCUUAGUGUGCUUAUCUUUAAAGGAUAAAAUUCAUUAAAUGGAAAACGGUGACAAUGCUUCUUA